AUGGCGGACCUCAGCAGUGCUUCGCUGGGCGACCUUCUGGCCGAGGCACUGCCGCAGGGCGCCAAAUUCACUUAUUAUCAUAUUUCAACACCGCCAACCAAAUGCGGCGCCAUCUUCUCAGCGCCGCCAGGCGCGCGUUCUGAACGCACCUACUGCGAGUCUCACUUCUUGAACGUGUCAAUCACGCCAGAUGACGAGCAGCAGCAGAGGGACCAUAAGGCAGCCGGCGAGGUCUUGGUUUUUGCUAUCGAAGUGUUAAUCUAUACAACAUCGCAUCUGACAACCAUCUUCGUGUCCAAAGCAGACUCCACCGGCUACCUAUCGCUGCUUAAGCUUCCGCGCACAACCUCCUCGCCGAUCCGCGCCAUCUCCACUACCUUUGUGUCUUGGCUCGUCAAGCAUCGUCAGCGGCCGGCCACGCGCCUUGUUGUCUCGCUCUUCGCACGCGCCCAGGAUCAGUAUCUCUUCCCCGGGAGCAUCGAGAACACGAACAAACAUGUCGCCGACGACACAGCGCUGGUAAAAUGGUGGUGUAAAGUGCUGGACCCAGUGCUCCGCGCCUACACACCCGAGGCGUCCGGCAAGCCUCACUCAGACCCAGUCGCACAGACUACCGCCCAAGGACACUUGAUAAUCCCUGGCUUCGAGCGUAAUGAUACCUUGCGCUUCUUUCCGCCCAGCGUACGCACCGAUCCGCCUGAGCAGAAGCGCUGGAAGCACGGCCACCCGCUGCUCGAUAUCUCACGGCAUCCCUCUGCGCCGCCGCGCUGCCUGAUCCCGCACUUCCCUGACGACCCCAAGUCGCGCUACAUGGACGAGCUGGACGACGAGCUGCCCGAUGGGGGCAACGCCUCCGUCACGAGCCCCAGCCGUGGGACCGGCCAGUGGCGGAGCGUACGAAGCUUGGAACAGUUUUGGGAGAUGAUGUCGUUCCGGCAGGAGUGCUCGUCCGGGCGUCUGGUCGGCUUCAUCUGGGUCGUAUUCACCCCCACGGAUGUCGAUACCACGUCCGAUGCUUCAGACGACGCUGAUGCCGUAGCGUCGGGCCCGUCCGGCCAGCCGCAGGCCAUUACAAACUCCCUCGCCGAGAUGCUCUCUCAGCCUCCGACCACUCCUCCAAAGAAGGACAAGAAGUCCUCCUCCCGAAACUCCUCCCACACGCCUCGCCGCCGCUCCAGCAAGCUCACCGGCCCCAUCAUCCCCCGCCUCCCCCGCAUUAAAUCUAGUUCUUCCCAGACCUCCAACCCUGACAACACGGCCGCGACAUCUGCUUCUUCUACCGCCACGCCUUCCUCAUCCUCCGUGCCUGAAUCAUCGCGCUACUAUGUCUGGCCUGCGCACUCACGUGGCACGCUCGUCGUUGAUGAGAAGGACUACAAACGUGCGACCGACCUCCUGCUCCACCACAACUUUGCCGAGCGCGUCAUCGCGACGGUCAGCACUCGCCGGUGGAUCGAGGAGGUGGCUGUACUAGGCUCGAGAGGAGGAACCACGGGAUGGGGCGUGGUCGUCGUGGGGCGGAACGCUGCUGCCGUUGCUGCAAUCUCUGCGGGUGCCGCGGAGCACGGAAGCGGUGUUGGCAAUAAUGGGGCGCAGACGAUAAACACGCUGAACACGUCGAUGGUGCGGAAGAAACGGAAAGGCGGGGGGACCGAUGCGGACGCAGUGCAGCAGCAGCAACAGCAGCAACCGUCGCCGGAUGAUAAGGCCGCCGCGGCGGCGGCGGGUGGUGUCAAUGUGCUGUCUGCGGGGCUAGUCAGGAAGAAGCCGAAAACGGAUGGUGAUGGUAUUGCCUCUCCCGCUGUUGAAAAUGUCGGGCCGGCGGAAGCAGCUGCUACGGUUGCUGAGCCGGUGAAUGUCUUGAGCAGCAACUUGGUUAGGAAGAAGCCGAAGGCGUGA